AAUCACACCCGGUAUAUACGAUUGGAUGCUGCCAUUACAUCAAUUCUCGAGAGCCAAACAACCCCUAAAUUCUUUAAAGAAACCCUUCGUUAAUCAAAUGAAAUAUGUAAAUUAACAGAGAGUGGGUGAUGAGUGUGUGAUAGCAAGAAUAAAGAAAGGAGGACAAGCGUGAAAGCUCUUUCAGAUAAAUCAAAAUUCCCCUCUCUUUGCUUACUGAUUUUGGGUUUCUCUCUCUAAAAUUGCAGAGAGACUUGUCUAGAGAGAGAGAAGGAGAUUGUGACAACAAACACGAAGAUAUGUUACAGACACUCUUCUGCUUCAUCUUCAUCUUCAUGUCUUCUUGAAGAUAAUGAAUAGAGCCUCUUAUAUCUUCUUCUCACAAGAAGAAGAGUAUGGUGUCAAAACAGCAAAAUGUGUGUCCCCAAAACCCUAUCUUUGCUAUUGAUGAUGCCCUUUUGUGUGACGAACAAGAAAACGAUUUCGAUUUUGGAUAUGGGUUUGGUUCAUCAGAGCACGAAAAUGAAAUCGUGAAGGAAAAAGAUCCAAACUUUACUCAUUUUCAACAGGGGCUUUUGUGGGAAGAAGAUGAGCUUUCUACUCUUUUAUCUAAAGAGAAAACUACCCAUUUGAUCUGCGAUGAGUCGUUAAUGGUUUUGCGAAAGGAAUCUGUCGAUUGGAUGAUUAGAAUCAGUACCCAUUACGGGUUUGUUGCUUUGACGACGAUUUUGGCUGUUAAUUACUUCGAUAGGUUCUUGAUUAGCACUUCUUUCCAAAGGGAUAAGCCAUGGAUGAAUCAGUUAGUUGCUGUCGCUUGCCUUUCUGUAGCUUCUAAAGUUGAAGAGAUCCAAGCCCCUCUUCUCAUGGAUUUGCAGGCGAUUUCUUGUUUCUUCUUUCAGAUGGAUGGAACAAAAUUUGUGUUUGAAUCCAAAACAAUCAUGAAGAUGGAACUUUUGGUGUUAUCUUCUCUUGAUUGGAAGAUGAAUCCUGUAACCCCUCUCGCAUUCUUUGAUUACAUCAUGCGUCGACUUAAUUUAACGACUCAUAAUUUACAUUACGAGUUCCUUCGUAGGUGUGAGCGGAUUCUUCUCUCAGUCGUCAAUGAUGCAAGAUUUCUAGGGUUUCUUCCAUCUGUAAUGUCCGCUGCUAUAAUGUGCAUUGUUAGCAAGGAGAUUGAGCCUGAUAACGCAUCGGAUUACCAAAAUCAGCUUCUGAAUCUUCUCAAAAUCAGCAAGGAAAACAUCGAUGAUUGUUCUAAAUUCAUCACGGAGGUAUCGAUAUCAUCAAACAAUCAUGGAACAAUCUUCUCCCAAACUCACAAACGAAAAUACUCAUCAGUUCCAGGAAGUCCAAGUGGUGUAUUUGAUGCGUAUUUUAGCAGCGAUAAUUCUAACAAUUCAUGGAUGAUUGGAUCAUCAGUUUCAUCGUCACCAGAAGCUCCAUUAAAGAAGAAUCGAGUUCAAGAGCAGCAAAUGAGAUUGACUCCAGUCAACCGUGUUUCCAUCAGUGUUCUUAGCAACAAUCAUUGAGCUUCCAAUUCCCAAUUAAUCUGCAAUCUUUGAAGUAUGGUAUUUACUAUUUUACUAUUUUAAUCUUUUACAAUCUCAUCUUGGAUAUUUAAUUUUAUUAUUAUAACUAUGUUUCUGGUCAAACCCAUGUGAUGGAAAACAUAUAUUCUACAUUUGCUUCAACUAUGAAGUAUGAAGUAUGAACAAACAUAUGUUUGAUUUUAGAAAUGUGGAGUCACAUUAAAUCGAGAAAUUUGUGUUGCUUUCUCUUAAAUUUGCUACAUUUUAAUCUGGGCAUUCAGUACUUUCUGUGUAAGGGCAGAAUUGUCUAUUUGUUAUUAAUGCAAUGCAUACUUUUCAUGUUA